AUGGCUAGGGUGAGACGCUGGGUGAAAAAUGAAAAAAUGAGAGAUGGAAAGAUGCAGUGGCGUGUGACAAAGUCUCGUUUGUUUGGUUUUUAUGCCUUGGCUUGGAAGGGUAUGAUAUAUGUGAAGAUCAUCAUUGCAAUAUGCUCCAUAGACUACUUGAUUGUCAUCAAUAAAGCCCUAGCAACAAGAACGAGCGUUAUGCGAUUUGAUGCCCAUCCAAGCCAAGACCAGCUAGCCGCAUAG